UUUCAUUUAUUCUCUCGAUUGAAUUUCGUCUCUCUCAUCUCUGUCUACCCUAAUACACUGUAUAAUGGUUGCUCACAGCUUAAUACCUUCCGGUAUAUCCCGCGCGAAGCACCCUUGCAAUCGAUUUAAACCUCUCAAAACCUUGACAACAUCAUCAUCAUCAUCAUCUCUAGCUCCCGAAUUGGAACCCUCGUCUUCUUCGGGGUCAGGUUUGGUUUCGGAUUCGGAUUCGUUUUUGGUGGAGAAAAUCUGUUUCAGUUUGAAGCAAGGUAAUUGUAAUGCGGGCUCUUUGCGAAAUCACCUGAUUCGAUUAAACCCUUUAGCCGUCGUUGAGGUUUUGUACCGUUUCCGCAAUGAUUUAAGUCUAGGUCAGAGGUUCGUGGAUCAAUUAGGUUCCAAUUUCCCGAAUUUCAAGCAUACAUCUUUGUCUUUAAGCGCAAUGAUCCAUAUCCUGGUGAGGUGUGGAAGAUUAUCGGAUGCACAGGGUUGUCUUCUUAGGAUGAUUAGGAGAAGUGGCGUUUCAAGGGAAGAGGUUGUGAAUUCCUUGGUCUCAACGUUUAAUAACUGUGGUUCGAAUGAUUCGGUUUUCGAUUUGUUGAUUAGGACUUAUGUGCAGGCUAGAAAACUAAGAGAAGCACACGAGGCUUUUAAGUUGCUGCGAAGCAAAGGCUACGUGGUUUCUAUCGAUGCGUGUAACGCUCUCAUCGGGAGCUUGGUGAGGAUCGGGUGGGUAGAAUUGGCUUGGGGAGUUUAUCAGGAGAUUUCUCGGAGUGGCAUCGGCAUUAAUGUUUACACUCUCAAUAUCAUGGUCAAUGCAUUGUGCAAAGAUGAUAAAAUGGAUAAAGUCGGAACCUUUUUGUCCGAAGUGCAAGAGAAGGGAGUUUAUCCGGAUAACGUAACAUAUAACACAUUGAUUAGCGCAUACUCUAGUAAAGGUCUCAUGGACGAGGCAUUUGAGCUGAUGAAUGCUAUGCCGAGCAAAGGGUUUAGUCCUGGUGUUUAUACUUACAACACUGUGAUUAAUGGACUGUGCAAGAAUGGGAAGUACGAGAGAGCCAAGGAAAUUUUCGCUGAGAUGUUAAAAUCCGGCUUGAGUCCUGACUCCACCACCUACAGAUCAUUGCUGAUGGAGGCUUGUAAGAAAGGAGAUGCGGUCGAAACAGAAAAGAUUUUCAGUGAUAUGAGAUCUAGGGAUGUUGUUCCGGAUUUGGUUUGCUUUAGCUCGAUAAUGAGUCUUUUCGCUCGGAGUGGAAAUCUCGACAAGGCGUUGGUGUAUUUUAACAGUGUCAAAGACGCGGGACUGAUUCCUGACAAUGUGAUCUACACAAUUCUGAUCCAAGGGUAUUGUAGAAAAGGUAUGAUCUCUGAAGCUAUGGAUAUGAGGAAUGAAAUGCUUCGGCAGGGUUGCGCUAUGGAUGUUGUUACCUACAAUACCAUUUUGCACGGCUUAUGCAAACGGAAAAUGCUGGGGGAAGCGGAUAAGCUGUUCAAAGAAAUGACGGAGAGGGGAUUAUUUCCAGACUCUUACACUCUAACCAUACUUAUUGAUGGACACUGUAAGCUCGGAAAUCUGCAAAACGCAAUGGAGCUUUUUAAAAAGAUGAAGGAAAAGAGAAUCAAACUCGAUGUUGUGACGUACAACACACUGCUAGAUGGGUUUGGUAAAGUAGGCGAUAUCGACACAGCAAAAGAGGUAUGGGCAGACAUGGUGUCAAGAGAGAUACAUCCCACUCCAAUAUCUUACAGCAUUCUGGUUAACGCGUUGUGCAGUAAAGGCCAUCUUUCUGAGGCAUUUCGAGUUUGGGAUGAAAUGAUCAGUAAAAGUAUGAAGCCAACGGUGAUGAUUUGUAACUCCAUGAUAAAGGGAUAUUGCCGCUCUGGUAAUGCCUCGGAUGGAGAAAGCUUUUUGGACAAGAUGAUCUCGGAAGGUUUUGUGCCGGAUAUCAUCAGUUACAACACAUUGAUAUAUGGUUUCGUUAAAGAAGAAAACAUGAGCAAAGCUUUUGGUGUGGUAAGGAAGAUGGAGGAGAAGCAAGGAGGAUUAGUGGCUGAUGUCUUUACAUACAACUCGAUCUUACAUGGGUUUUGUAGACAGAAUCGGAUGAAAGAAGCUGAGGUCGUAUUGAGGAAGAUGAUCGAGAGAGGUCUAGAGCCUGAUAGGUCAACGUAUACUUCUCUGAUCAAUGGAUUUGUUUCUCAAGAUAACUUAACCGAGGCGUUUCGGUUUCACGAUGAGAUGUUGCAGAGGGGAUUCUCUCCUGAUGAUCAAUUCUGAUUCAGUAUCUUUGCAAUCUUGUGCUGAUUUUACUGCUGCAAAUUUUUGCAACUCACGUUUUAUACAAAAUGGGUCCCUGUACUUUAUAACUUAUUCAUAUUAAACCCCAGAUUCUUGUAAUUCAUAUUUAGUCCUUCUCUGUAUAAAUUUCAUCUUUUGCAAAAUAAAAAAGA